UUUUUAAUUUUUUUUCUUUCUCAGAGAGGAACCUUUGCUGUCACUGAAUUUCCAGUCAAAUUUUGAACACCCAGAGUUCAUGUUCCUGCUCUCCAGGGAUUGGCAUUGCAGGCUCAACUUAGGGCAAUUUAGGGCACAGACCUGUUUACUGGCUGUGCACACUGGGCUGUGAAGUUGAGGGAGUUUUUCUUUCUCUGCACACCUGGCUCAGUGCUUUUUUCCUGACAGCAAUUCAGGUGGUCUAAUUUUGUUCUUUCCCUUUUGUUGACCACAUGAAAAAUCCUCCUCAAUACAAGCGAAUUGUCCCCCACUUCCUCUCUUGCAUGAGAGGAUGAACCUGGAGAACAGCAACUUUGGACAGUUCCUUUAAAUUCUGCUCUCUGGUUUGUCAGAGCAGCGUUUUCCCAUUGCAGAAUGGAGUUGGGCAGAGCUUAAAUUAAAAGGCUUUUAAAAAUAAUGUUCCAGUUUUUAGAAGACAAGUGAUUACAUACACUUAGCUGCUGGCAAAUGCACUUCCACCCUGGGCAAGAAUCUCUCAGCAGAGUGAUGACUGAAUAUUUCUGAGCCCUCCAAACAGUGGCCAGAGAAGAGCCCCUAAAGACCUGCCUUUCCAAAGAUGUUGGGGAAGUCUGACUUUGCUUUCCUCCCUUUACCAGGAAAAGCAGCCCAUCUCCUCUAACUCCCUAACCUUGGGGUAAUGCUGAACAGCUGCAAGCUUUUGCAUGUGAGUCUGUGCUGGCAGAAGUUGUGAAAACUCGAGUUCUGGGGCUGAGGAGCUCCUAGGUGGCCUCCCCAGAACAUUUGCCUAACAAAUGGGCUACAGAUCACACGAUAACGUGCAGCAGGCCCGCAGGCAGCCAGAUAACCACUGCCCCUCCUGAAAAAGCACCAUCGGAGACUCCUCCAGCCACGCUCUUGAUUCCAAUCUGCCUUUUCUUGGGCUGCUCCAGCGCUGACAGUGGGAGCAGCUACAGAUCUCCUGGGAAAUAAUCCUGAUGUCCCGUCUUUGCUCUCCAGAUGGGCACAACCCCAGUGCAGUCAUUACCAGGGAGCCAGCACAGACUCAUGGACCCAGCUGGAAUUCUCCCCACACUCCGCUUUUUCUUCUUUGCUCCUUCUUCCCUCAUCCUGCUUUCCCAUAAAAGGGAAAAAACUCUGCCCUAAAGGACUGCGCUUAAAAAUGGUACAGCCCCUGAAGACCCCUGUGUGAUGAGGGAAGGAGGCGAUGGCCACGGGGAACUGCAGCAGCUUAGCAAGCAAUACAGCAACAUCAAGCUCCUGCAACUGGAUGUGGUCUGUGAGAACAGCAUCAAGAAAGUGGUCAAGGAAGUGGAAGAAAUUGUGGGAGACAAAGGCCUGAACUGCCUCAUCAACAACGCUGGCAUCAAUGUGCUUGCCUCGCUGGAGGAGGUCACAGCAGAGACCAUGCUCACCAUUUAUGAAACCAACACUGUUGCCCAGCUGAUGGUCACCAAAGCAUUCCUCCCCCUGCUGAGGAAGGCAGCACAGCUGGGCACUGGAAUGGGCUGUCACAGAGCUGCCAUCAUCAACAUGUCCUCUCUUGCUGCCUCCAUGCAGCUCGUCCAGGCAAAUGAGAUGUUCCUCAAGGUCUAUCCCUACAGGAUAGCAAAGACUGCACUGAAUAUGAUCACCCGGUGUCUCGCUGCAGACUUGAAAUCAGAUGGAAUUCUCUGCAUUUCCUUGCACCCGGGCUGGCUUCAAACAGACAUGGGUGGAAACAUGGCUCCCAUGCAGGUGCAGGAGGCUAUCCCAGGUAUUCUCUCUGUUCUGGACCGUCUUGGUGAAAAAGAAAAUGGUUCUUUCCUGGACUGGCAAGGAGAAACUCUGCCGUGGUAGAAGUACACGGAACUCUACAGGAACAGCUCAUCAGUCACAAUUUAACCUUGCCACUCUUGUCUGUGUCUCUAGGGUUUUUUGACACGCUUGUUCAAAUAGCCAGUCUGACACGCAGCCUAUCUGUAGGUGUAUUUGGAAAGCAAAUGGCUGAGUCUUUCACUUGGUAUUGCUCUGCUCUGCUCUGCACUAAUGCUUCCUGCAAACGCUACGGUGCUCUCGGUGAUGGUCAUCUUCUGGAACCCUCUGAAAUGGAUUCAAACCUGCAAAUUAUAUCCAGGGGCUGGUGGUUCCUUUUCACUUCCAAACCCAAAGUGGGCUUCUGGCUCUUUGCAGAAUUGAAUGACCUGACCUCAGAAUAAGGCCAGUGUAGGCUGUCAGGCUCUAGUAUGCUCAGUUAUCUCCAGAAAAAAAACUCCUUUGAUUUCCUUUGUUUCUAACUGAGCCAAGGCUGAAAUUGCCCAGCUCUAAACCAAGGCAGUUUGGUAGUUCUGUGAAUUCUGUGGCAAACUCUGAGUGUCCCCAGGUUGCCAGUGUACACCAGGCACUUGCUUUGUUCCCAGUGGGUGACUAACAGCCUGAUAUGGGGGUGGGAAGUUUGUUUUGUACAUAAACUUCUGAAGUGUCUUCAAUAAAGUCUUGAUUAAACAGUCU